GAGAGGAGCAGCAGGGUUUGUUUCGGCUGGUGGAUCUUGCGGGCACGGAGCGCAGCAGCGCAGCAGCAACAAAGGGACAGUUGCUGCAGGAGGGAGCAGCAAUUAA